AUGUCUCUUCCCACACGCAAGAUUGGCCAGCACGUCGUCUCCGCCGUUGGUUAUGGUUGCAUGGGCCUAUCCGCGUUCUACGGUACCCCUCUUCCUGACGAGGAGGGAUUGAAGGUCCUCGAUGCAGUCUACGAGAACGGCUGCACGAUGUGGGACACCGCUGACGUAUAUGCGGACAAUGAAGAGCUGCUUGGAAAAUGGUUCAAGCGCACCGGAAAGCGCAAUGAAAUCUUCCUUGCAACAAAAUUCGGACUGCGCUCCGGCGUGCCCAAUCGCCUUGUGAACGGCGAUCCCGAAUACGUUCAUCAGGCGUUCAACACGUCUUUGAGUCGGUUGGGUGUAGACUCUAUUGAGUUAUAUUAUCUGCACCGGGCGGAUCCCCAAGUACCUAUCGAAAAGACUGUUGGAGCAAUGGCGGAACUUGUCAAAGCUGGAAAAGUGAAGUAUCUCGGCCUGUCAGAAUGCUCGGCUGAUACUUUGCGACGUGCAAACGCCGUUCACCCAAUCACCGCCAUUCAAGUCGAAUACUCGCCCUUCACGCUCGAUAUCGAGGAUGAGAAGAUUGCGUUAUUAAAAACCGCCCGCGAAUUGGGUGUGACGAUCGUCGCUUACUCGCCUCUGGGACGUGGGCUACUCACGGGCCAAUACAAAUCGCCUGACGACUUUGAGGAGGGAGACUUUCGACGCGGAGUCCCUCGCUACUCGCGCGACAACUUCCCAAACAUUCUGAAGCUCGUCGACGGACUCAAGCAGAUUGGCGCGCGUCACAAUGCAACUGCUGGACAAGUCGCACUCGCAUGGCUCCUCGCACAAGGCCCAGACGUCAUCCCUAUCCCUGGGACGACCAACGUUGCGCGUCUGAAGGAGAAUCUAGGCGCAGCGAAGGUGACGCUGACGCCUGAAGAAUUGGAAGAAGUGCGCAAAAUUGCGAACAGCGCAGACCACGCGAAGGGCGACAGGUAUCCGCCUCAGCUUGCGGCGGUCUUGUUUGCGGACACGCCUCGCUUGGAGUAA